ACAAGAUUAGCCGUGCAGUGCCCUUCCUUCGGUUCGUUACGGGAAAUGGCGAUUUCCGAGGUUGUUUGAAGCCAAUUCAAGUAAACACGUACUCGUGCGCGUACUCGCAACGUUGAUUAAAUGUGCCCUGACAAUAAUGUGAUAAUCAUUCUCAUGUAAUGAAAAAAUUAUGUGUCGACUGUGUGCGAUGGCAAGCAGAGUAAUGAUCGGCCAUCAGCAGCAGUUCGUUGAAGAAAUCGAUUAUAAUGAAAUCGAAACGGAGCAGGUAGUUGGUAAGGGAUCCUUUGGAGUUGUGUGGAAAGGAAAAUGGAGAGGACAGGAUGUCGCCGUGAAACAUAUAAAUUCAGAAGGAGAAAGAAAAGCCUUUACUGUGGAAGUUCGGCAGUUGUCUCGAGUUGCCCAUCCCAACAUUGUUAAAUUAUAUGGUGCAUGUACCAAGAAUCCAGUAUGUCUAGUGAUGGAAUAUGCAGAAGGUGGAUCAUUGUACAAUGUAUUACAUUGCAAUCCUCAACCGCAUUAUACUAUUGGUCAUGCUAUGAGUUGGACUCUUCAAUGUGCACAAGGUGUUGCUUAUCUUCACAAUAUGAAACCAAAACCAUUGAUACACAGAGACCUAAAACCACCUAAUUUGUUAUUAGUUAUGGGUGGACAGAGGCUGAAAAUUUGUGAUUUUGGUACAGCCUGUGACUUAAAUACAUAUAUGACUAAUAAUAAAGGUUCAGCCGCAUGGAUGGCACCAGAAGUAUUUGAAGGAUCUAGGUAUACAGAGAAGUGCGAUGUAUUUAGUUGGGGUAUCAUUUUGUGGGAGGUUUUAACACGUAAAAAACCCUUUGAUGACCUUGGUGCUUCAGCCUAUAGGUUAAUGUGGGCUGUUCAUGUAGGACGAAGGCCUCCUUUAAUAGAAGGAUGUCCGAAACCAAUUGAGGAUCUUAUGACUAGAUGUUGGCAGAAAGCACCUGAAGAAAGACCUUCUAUGGACGAAGUGGUGAGGAUAAUGGCUGAGCUAUCAGAAUUUUUCAGUCGCCAUUUAGAACCUGUUGAAUAUACCUUAAGUAGUGAAGAUGAUAUAGACGGAAACGAAACAUCAAAGGAGGAUACACUUGAUAUAAUCAGUACAUUAGAUUUUCGUAUGAACGGCUCCGUUGAAAACGGCACUAUUCGUACAAUUCCAAAGCCUGUAGGAAAAACUAACGAAUGCUCGAAUGAAGAGAAUUCAUUGCCUUUUACAUUACCUCAAACCGUGCCGAUCAGCGACAGAUCGACAAAAUUUUCACCGCAACAAAAUAAUUUAGGACUUCAACGGGUACCUGAGGUUCCAGUAUUGAAUAACUUUCUCGGAAAUAUGGAUAGCAAUUUAGAACACGCUAAUGCAUCAAUUUCACAAAAUGCAACAACACCGACGGCACACGACAAAUUCGCUGCAUUGCAAAGCAAAAAUUGCAAUUUUGCUCCAUUGCACGUGGAAUGUGAUUUGAAUGCCUGGGAUUUGCCGAGCUCUUCUGAUACAUCUUGGGAAAUCCCAAAUAACAUGGCCGGAUUAGACAAAGUGGUUCACAAAACAAAGAAAAAUAAUCAAAGUAGCAGCACUACGAGUGAAGACUUUUGUCGCCUACUCGAUGCCGACUUGAGGCCUCUCACGCCCGACGACACGUGUAAACUCUCGCGAGAGAUCUUCGAGGAGCACAAGCAGAUAGCCGAGGAAUAUCUCAAAGUCCAAACGGAAAUAGCGUUGUUAAGCCAGCAUAAGAACGAGAUGUUGAAGAAUCUGAGUCUCGACAGUCUCCGACAGCAGCAGGAGUUACGGAAGCUGGAAGAUGAAAAGGAGUCCCUGGUGAAAUUGUAUCGCAACCUGACGCGACAAUUGCAGAUCAUGAAGGAUCAGAGGGGGGUGAUAACGAAUGCCGCUGCUGCGCCAACGAUAGGGCCCGCUGUUUCCGGAAACAAUGGUUGGGUGGUGGUACCUCAUCGUCAAGACCCGUCGAGACUUUCUUGAGAUGCUACAACUUGACUAUUUGAGGGUCUCGACGAAAAGUGUACUUACGCUACAUUGCACAAUCCCGACAACUGUCGUUCGAUGACGUGCAAUGCUGAUGGAAUCACGUUAAGAUUCCAAUUCAAUUUUAUAUGAAUGCAAUUUAGCACCGCGUCGCUUACUACUAAUAAAGUAUGUGAGAAUAUAUGAGUCAGAGUGAUCAGUCAUAACGGAAGAUCGUUUCCGAUUUUAUCAAACUUGCUGUCUACGACGCGACGCACGGUAACAAUUGACUUUUUCGACAUGAAAAGCGCAAUUUUAAGUGUGCACUUAAUACGGAUACGCCUUUAAUUAAAUUUUUUUAUUCACAGUUACAUUUGCGCAUUCUCGUUUGCGGUGUGAGUUUAAUACAAUAGAUUGAAAUGAAACCCCAAGCACAUGCAAGUGCUACCAUUGAUAUAUAAAUACCAUUGGGAAUGUUACAGAAGAUAUUUUUUGAUUGCAAAGCCUCGAAGGCAUUAUUAACAAUGUAUUGCCAUCUAGUCCUUUUGAUUCAUAUUUUAUCGAAUCAUUCAUUUGUAUUUUGACAUAUAAAAUGUACAUUGUGUAAGAUAAAAUACGCAGCUUUUAUUAUUUAAAUGAUAGUGUCUUCAAUGGAACUUCUACUGCUGUUUGGUGUAAUCACAGAAAAAGGAGGUAUUUUGAAAGAGACACGAAUCGAACAAUAACAAAAGAUUUAUAUAUCGACAAACGUGAAUCAUUCUUUAA